AUGAAAAGCUCCCCAGAAGUUGAUGCUGUUGGCCCUGAACCAUUGUACGUAGUUACCAAAGUUACAGAACUGUUUGUUACGGAUUUAGCAAAAAGGGCGUACAAAAACACAAAGAGCAACCUGCUCGAAUACAAACACAUAGCUGAGGUUGUGCAAGAAGAUGACACACUAGACUUCCUACGUGAAAUUAUGCCUAGGAAAAUAACAGUGAGUCAAUAUAAAGAAUUAAUGGCUCGAAAGGCAGCGCGAGGUGACCGAUCAGAUGACGAUUCUACUGAAGAGUCUAGUGAGGAGGAAAGUAGUGAGGAGAGUUCCAGCGGUGUUGAAAUACUAGAA